CCCCGCUCUUGCUGGAUCCUGCGGCCACGCGCAUCACCUCUAAUGAUCCUGGCCCUUCGCUGAGAGCAUUUGAGCCAAUGUUACUUGAUGUCUUUGGACAGAGGGUUCCGCUGACUUCUAGAGUUGGACAGGAUGGUGACGACAACGUCUGGUCGCACCCCCCCCCCUCCUUGCCUGUGUUUGAGGAUCGAUGGGAUCCAAUGCUGACUGAAGCGGCCAUGAAUGUCGCGGGGGCGCUGCGAGGCUCUGCAUCGCCUCGGCUUUCUCCUAAUGGUCAUUCUGCAUCAAUUGACGUGGUGGACCAGGCUGUGGGUUCACUUCAUCUUUCUGGAACAUCGGUCGCAUUGGAGUCGGUACGUUUUGAUGUACAUGGCUCUGUCCCUGGGCUGCGCCGCCUCCGGUGAUCGCGGCCUCACCACCAAGACAUCGAUCAAAGCAGCCACAACAGGGGACCGCCAUCAGGUGCAACGAAAGGCUGGCGAAAAAGUCGCGUCACCGUGCUACAAAGCCGGCAUUACAAGCACAAAAUGUGAUGAUGAAGAAGCUUGGCCUAACGUCGGACAGUCAUCCGCCAGAUGCCUCUUGAUAUCAACAGUUCACGGAUACCUUCUCUUCCACCCUAACUAUCUCGCAUUGCCAAGCCCUUGAUGCUUUGCUACCCAAGGGUAUGGGCUCUUUGGCAACGGAGGUGGCCGCACCAGUGAUGGUGCCCUGAGCCUUUUAUUGGUCGGUUCCCUGGUCUCUAACUAGUUAACCAUGUCUAGUGAAAACUGUUUGAUUUGGAAUGUGCGGGGUCUAAACUCUCGGGCCCGACGCUGCGUGGUUCGUGAACUAAUUGGCCAAGAAAAUGGCUCCCUAAUUGCUCUUCAAGAAACCAAACUUGAUGCUUGCACU